AUGCGUCCAGAUCCCAGCGUGUUUGGAGGACUGGCCUUUGGUAUUACCUCCUACGACAGAGGUGUGGAUCUCAAGAUCAAUGUUCAAGAAAAUCCUUUCAAAAAGGCCUUGGCCUCGGUGUUUUUCCCAAAAUCACUGAAGAAAUUCCUAGGGAUUGAGCACUCUGACCCAGAGAAGCAUUCGAAGAUCCAGUUUAAGUUUUUUGGCACUACUUCACUCUUUGCGGAUGACAGUUUAAUGAAGGAGAGGUUGAAUACUUACGUUGUGAGUGCCAGCAUUGAAAAUGCAUCAAUUCAGAACCUUAAUGAGCCUGUGACUAUUACGCUUCAGCACAUAGACCAAAAUACGGGUAAUGCAGCAGUGCACUGCGUCUUUUGGGACUUUCAGAAGAACAAUGGACUGGGUGGUUGGAAUACAUCGGGGUGUGAAAUAGAAUAUACGGAUAUGAAUUACACAAUCUGUUUUUGUAACCAUCUUACCCAUUUUGGAGUCCUACUGGACUUGUCCCGGACAGAGAUAGGUAUCACACAUGAUCGUAUAUUAACUCUGAUAAGCUAUGCAGGAUGUGGUGCUUCUUCCCUUUUUUUGGGUAUAACACUGGUGACAUAUCUAGCGCUUGAAAAGCUGCGGAGAGACAACCCUUCAAAGAUCCUGCUCAAUCUUUGUGCCGCACUGCUGAUGCUGAACAUGGUCUUCCUCACCAAUUCCUGGCUGUCCUCGUUCAACCAGCCAGGACUCUGUAUCACCGUGGCCGUGCUCCUUCACUAUUUCCUUCUUGCAGCUUUCACGUGGAUGUGCCUGGAGUCUGUUCACUUUUACUUGGCUCUCGUCAAAGUUUUCAAUGUUUAUGUCCCAAAGUACAUCCUAAAAUGCUGUAUUGCUGGCUGGGGAAUACCAGCUGUUGUAAUUGCUAUUGUUCUCAUUAUAAAUAAAGACUUCUAUGGCAAUGGAUCACAUUCUGAGAGCAAUCCAUUCAGCAAUUUUUGCUGGAUUAAAGAGAGCAUAGUGUUUUACAUCUCCGUUGUGGCCUAUGUCUUCUUAAUAUUUUUGACGAAUACAGCCAUGUUCAUCACUGUUCUCCUUCAAAUCCACUCCGUGAAAUCAAGGACACAAAAGAGAUCCAGAUUCUGGAAACGGGGUUUUCUCCAAGACCUCAAAAGUGCUUUCAGCCUGAUGUUCCUUUUGGGCUUAACCUGGGGCUUUGUCUUUUUUGCCUGGGGAGCAGUGAGGAUAUUUUUCUUGUAUCUCUUCAGCAUUUUUAACACCUUGCAAGGGUUCUUUAUCUUUGUGUUUCACUGCCUAAUGAAGGAAGAAGUAGUGAAGCAGUGCCGAGCUAUGUUUUUGGUGGCCUUCCAGUCUUCAUAA